AUGCCAAUACUUAUUAAAGAUUUCACGUGGUCACAAACACCCAAAACUGUUCAUAUUAAGGUUCCAGUUAGAGAAGUGAAGCAUGAGAAGGUGGACAUAUUCACAACUGAUUCAUACAUAAAAGCAAAUUACAAACCAUUUUUGUUUGAAGUGUUUCUUAUGUAUGAUGUAGAUAAUUCUAAAAGCAAAUGCAUCGUGAAAGAAGAUAUUAUUAUUUUCGAUUUAGUUAAAAAGGAUGAUCACGAAUGGGAUUCUCUAGAAAAGCAGUUGUCUAAGGUUGAAAAGUUGAAGUUAAAGGAAGAAAUUCUCGAGAAAUGCCAAGAAAAAGCCAAACAAGAGUCUGAGGACAAGAGAAUAAGAAAAUCACAACUAGACAGAUUUACAGUGGAGAAAGCUAUGGAGUUGGAUAACAUACAACACAAUCUCAUGGAUUCUAGAAGAGAUGAACAAAGAAAGAAAGCGAUGGAUGCUCUUGAAGAAUGGCGUAUUGAACAUGCAAAUGAAUUUGACGCGAAUGAUAUGUCGGAACCUAAACAUUUGGUCAGUAGUAACAACAGAAUGAGUUCCAAUGUAAAGAUAAUAGAGUUACCUUCAUCGGAUGAGGAGAGCGAUAAAACGACUAAAGAGAAAAGCAAAUCAAAGACAGUUGUAAAAGCGAAUCCUAAAGAAGUUGAGGUUCCACGUCGAUCUGUGAAAAAAAUUGUUAAAUCUGAUUAUGUAGACAGGAAAAGAAAAGAAGUUAACGCCAGAGUACUGCCUGAAUUGAGGCAAACAGCGGAAUUGGAAGUCAAACACACGCCACGAUCUUUUCCAACGCCAAGUAGGGAGUCUACCGCGUCAGAGGAAGAGGCCUGGAUAAAGAAUAUCACAUUAGCAAGAAGAGCAACAGGUUUCGUGUCUGAAGAUCUUCGGCCGGAGGAACAAGACCCACAGUGGUGCAAGGAGAAAGGCGACGAGUUUUUCCGCAGCGGCAAUUUUUUGGGCGCUAUUAGUGCCUACACGCAUGGAAUAAUGUUAUCCGAUAAGCUGCCCAGCCUGUUCGCUAAUAGGGCAGCCACUCACUUCGCACUCGGCAACUUCAACAAAUGUCUGAACGAUUGUUCAACUGCGCUGGAGUUGAUGGUGCCAGCUUGCGAGGGUAACCGCCAGAGUCGCGGUAAGUGCAUCGCCCGUCGCGCGGCGGCGCUGGCUCGACUCGGCUAUCUCAAUAAAGCUAUCGGAGAAAUGAAGGCAGCUGCCAAGCUUAUACCUGACGACGAGAAUAUCAAGAAGGACAUCUACGCCAUGGAACGCGCUUGGGAGCAAAACCCUGAUUCGGAUUGA